CGUCAUAACCAACCAAUCAGCUUCAAGAGGCGGGUCUUAUUAAAUACAGCCCGAUCGCUCCAUUUGCUAAAGAUCCUCUGCGGAAUGAGUUAUCAAUACGGACAGGGUUAUCCAGGACCAGGUGGUAACGCUCCCCAACGCCACCCGCCUCCAGGGGCACCUUAUGGAGGAGGUCCUGCUGCUGGACAGUAUGGUUCACCUUAUGGUGGUGCCCCUCCAGGGCAACAGUAUGGUGGAGGGGUUCCAUAUGGGUCUUAUGGUCAACCCAGACCAGGAGCACCGUACGGUGGGGGCCAAGCUCCAGGUGGUCCAUAUGGAGGUUAUGGACAACCCCAGAGUGGACCAUAUAGUCAGCAGGCUCCUGCAGGUAACAUUCCUCCCGGUGUGAACCCUGAGGCCUACCAGUGGUUUUCUUCUGUGGAUACAGAUCAUAGUGGCUACAUUAACGCAAAAGAGCUGAAGCAAGCACUCAUGAAUUCCAACAACUCCGCUUUCAAUGACGAAACCUGCAUUAUGAUGCUCAAUAUGUUUGACAAAACCAAAUCCGGACGCGUAGAUGUAUUUGGUUUCUCUGCACUGUGGGUGUUUCUGCAGCAGUGGAGGGCAAUGUUCCAACAGUUCGACCGGGACCGAUCGGGAUCAAUUAACAGCACUGAGAUGCACCAGGCAUUAUCUCAGAUGGGCUACAAUCUGAGUCCUCAGUUUAUUCAGGAACUGGUGAAUCGUUACUCUAAAGGCGGUGUGAACGGGGUUCUCCAGCUGGACCGCUUCAUUCAGGUGUGCACUCAGCUCCAGAGCAUGACCCAAGCCUUCCGCGAGAAAGACACCAGCAUGACUGGCAACGUGAGGCUGAGUUACGAAGACUUCCUGUCUGGUGCCAUUACCAGACUGAUGUAAAGAACUGCAGCAGCAAUUCAGAAGAUGACCUGACUCUGAAUGUGUGGCACGACACUUCACCCUCUCAACAGUGCCUUUCACUGCAGCUCACCCUGAUUUCACCACAAUGAGCUGAAAACUAUGUUCAUUAAACAUUGCCAACUAGCCAAAUAUUGCACUCAUCGCAAGACUUUACCAUUGUGAUAUGAUUGUCUGCUUUAGAAAAAUAUGUAAUGCAGUUAUUCAAGGAUAACCUAAUGCCAAAAUAUCAGCGGUACAUGUGAACAAAAUGCCAUUAGCUAUGCAACAAGCACUAUUUACUAAUUAAUGGUAGUAUAUCAUGAAAGUAUGAAUACAUUUGAUUUUCUUUUUGUUAAAAAUGAACAUUUCUGUGCUUUUUGAAUGUUAGCAAAAAAUAUGAAAGCUUAUGAUUAUGAAUGCUUGAAAUUGAAAUUUGUUUAGCUCUCCCUCCCCAAAGCUUUUUUUUUUUUUUUUGUAUGAUAAUAUUUAUGCUCACUACUUAACUGCCUUUUAUUUCCUAUAAGAUGACAAAAGGUGAAUAUUGAUUUUUCGUUAUUUUGCUUACAAUAAAAAACAGACUUAUAAUAAAAAAUGCA